AUGCCGUUUGCACCUUUUGUUGAGCUUAAUCAUCACGGACAAUCAACGCUACUUGGUUGUGGUUUGGUGUCCAACGAAAAUACAGAAAUAUUUGUGUGGUUGUUCAGGAUUUGGCUUCAGUGCAUGCAUGGUCAAGCUCCUAAGGGAAUUAUCACCGAUCAAGAUAAGGCCAUGCAAAACGCAAUUCAGAUCGUUCUUCCAAACACUCGGCAUAGGUGGUGUUUGUGGUAUAUAUUGAAGAAGUUCCCAGAGAAGUUUGGAUACCACGUCGGUAAGGGUGUGAUUUUCUCUACUAUACAUGUGUUGGUGUAUGAUUCUCAAAUCGGUGAAGAGUUCGAAGAGGGUUGGGAAGCGAUGAUCAAUAACUUUAACAUGCAUGAUAAUGACUGGUUAUCUGGAUUGUAUGCGAACAGAGGUCGUUGGGUACCUUGUUAUUUGAAAAAUACAUUUUGGGCUGGAAUGUCAACGACUCAGUGCAGUGAGAGCAUGAAUGCGUUUUUCGAUGGAUACGUACAUUCGAAGACAUCGCUCAAGCAAUUUGUCCAACAAUAUGAGAGGCCAUUGAGGAAUAAGGUGGAGAAGGAGUUUCAAGUGGAUUUCAAGUCCUUCUCGCAAAUGGUACCAUGUGCUACGAAGUACGAGAUGGAGAAGCAGUUUCAGCUAGUUUAUACGAUCUCGAAAUUUAGGGAAGUACAGGAGGAAUUUGUUGGGAAGGUUUACUGCGACCUCGUUUCUUCGUCGGAGGGCUACUUGGGGACUACAUAUGAAGUAUGGGAAGAAGUCCUACGUGACGACUGGGUUGACAAGAAGAAGUUCUAUGUCACAUUUCAGAAAGAGAAUUGUGAAGUUGUAUGCAGCUGCCACUUAUUUGAGUUUCGAGGAAUAAUUUGCAGACAUGCAAUCACUGUCUUGCUCCGUAACAAUGUGAAGUCCUUGCCUGACACCUACGUAUUACGGAGGUGGAGGAGAGACGUCGUCAGAGCUCACACAAGGGUUGCAGUUAAUUAUGAUGGUUUAAGUAGCACCUCGACACAGUUGAGAUAUGACAAGAUGUGUCAAUCAUUUGCUAGGCUUGCGAACGUAAUUGCAGAUGAUGAGAAUGAAGUCCAAUCGAUACUGGAGUGGAUAGAAAGCAAAGAACUAUCAGUUGGGACGAUGAGGUCGAGUUGUGGAAGUAAUGCCAUGUCCCAGUACACGGAGCGAAUAGCUUCGAAGAGUGAAGCAUCACAGCAUUCUGGUAAAGGUAUCAUACAAGAUCCGAAAUGCUCAAAGAGAAAAGGCGCACCCAGGAAACUGCAAAGGAAAAGCGCUUUGAAAUCGAGCUCUACUAAGACAAAGGCAAACCCGAGUUUGGCCAAGGGAAGGAGAUCGAAGGCACACCCGGAUCAAAUGGGAGACGGUGUACCAAUAAUUCAGUCGCACCAUCAAGCUUACUACUACAUGCCUCCACCGAUGUCAUAUUCACAACUCUUACUUGGUGGUGAGAACUAUCACGAGCUUACAGAACACAUACAGUCGCCCAAUGUCAUUCCUCCUGCUUCAACAAGUGUUAUAUGGAAUAGUCAAGGGAUGUUUCUGUGA